UUGUAAUUGGUUAAAAAUUGGUUGAUAAUUGGUUAAUAAUUGGUUGAUAAUUGGUUAAUAAUUGGUUGAUAACUGUUUUCUUGUAAAAAUAAAGUAUUGAUUAAAUAGAGUAUUAUUUUAGGACACUAGGUUAGCCGGUGGUUACGAGAAUGUACCUACUGACGAUGUUCAUAUGACACAGAUUAACCUACAGAAUCAAUGGCUGGAAUUCUUACGUGUUUAUGUAGCUCCCCUAGCAACCAAAGUUUAUCCUGGAUACUAUAGUAAUCUUCCUCGAGCUAUAUUAAACUUUGUAGUGAAGUAUAACACAGAGCGUCAGAAAGAGCUGCGGCCCCAUCAUGAUUCAUCUACAUUCACCAUCAAUAUUGCCCUCAAUACUCCAAAACUAGACUAUGAGUGGUACCCCUAAACCGGAAGUACAUGUGACGAAACGUCCGCCAUGACGUUCAAGAAAAUUGAGAAAUUUUGUAACAUAAACUCGUAUUUCAUAACAAAGAAGUGAAGAUGAAUACAAUUAUCGGUGUGCUUCGUUGAAACAGGUAUUUUGUUAACUAUUUGUGAAGUAUUAAGGCAUGACAUUCAGUAUUUAUGUAAAUAUCAGCUCCCGGCGUCCCGUGUUAUGAUUUGACAAUUAUGAUUUGUAAAAUUAUCAGGUCUAGGAUUUCAUUAUAUUUACGGACAGUCUGUAAAUUUUUGGACAAUCCAUAAUUUUACAGAUUUUCUUAUCUGUAAAUUUACAGACAGUAAGUAAGAAAAUAGUAG